CGAAGUUUUCACAGCCUACCGCCAGCCUACCCAACGGACGCGAACACAUUCCAUCAGAAAGCCCCGCAUCGGAUCUCUUUUUUCCGUGAGCCGCACCCGUUACAACAAUUUUUCUCCGUUCAGAAACCACCAUAUUCCUAUAUCUGGUUGACUUAUAUGGCAAUCCAGAAUUCUGAAGAAAAAAUGCUGCCAUUAACUGAAAUCUAUAAGUUUAUAAUGGAUAAAUUUCCGUUCUAUCGGAAAAAUACUCAGAGAUGGCAGAACUCAUUGCGGCAUAACCUUUCAUUUAAUGACUGUUUUAUCAAAAUUCCACGAAGACCGGAUCGACCAGGAAAGGUAGGCAACCACCGUACCAUUCAAAUGUAUGAAAAACUGAUAGAGAUGCAAUAA